AUGCCGGGCCGUCUAGUCCCUUCGCACGCCGGGGGCAACGAGAAGGAUGCAGCCGCUGGAAGAAGCCGCCGCCGGACUGGAGAGGGGAGCGCUUCUCGGCCCGGUCGUCCUCCCAAGCGUUCUCUCGGCGUGGUGAUGCAGGACAGCUCUCGUCUGCUUCCUCACAGCGUUCACGGGCUGCUCUCUCCCAGUCUGCUCUCCCCGACAGGCGGCAGCGAGUCAUCCUGGGAUAAAGAGAAACUCCAGUCCCCCCCCUCCUCCAGAGCCCAGCAUGGUCUUGCUCACGCCUUCCUCUCCGCUCAGCACGGCCUGUCAGGGUCUCAUCUCUCUUCCCUACAACAGAGUCAUCUCCUGGCUAACCGCCCCCCUCUAUCAUUGGUCAGACAACCUGAUAGUCCCGCCCCCAACUUUAUGCCAUUGGUCGAGCCAGUGUUGCUGUGUCAGGCUGGGCUGGACCUGCCGUUUAUGAUGAUGCCCCACCCCCUGUUGCCCGUCAGUCUGCCGCCUGCCUCCGUUGCCAUGGCGAUGAACCAGAUGAACCACCUGAACACCAUCGCCAACAUGGCCGCAGCUGCUCAGAUGCACAGCCCCCUGUCCAGAGCAGGAGCGUCCGUCAUCAAGGAGUGUGUACAGGACAGUCCGUCUCCUGCUCCGUCUCUGGAGGAAACCCCUCAUCCCGGAUCACAGCCCUCUUCCCACCCAAGCAGUAGUGUGUCCAGCUCCCCAAACCCACACACACAGAGUCCUGAACGCCUGGUUUUGAAUCCAACCGAUGGAGAGCUGCCAGAACGAGAUACCGGCAUCAAUAUGAAGAAAAUCCUUAAAGAGAAAGAUGAGGCUCAGUUAGCUUUGCCCAUACAGAAACCAGGGUUCGAGAAGCUUCCUCUGGGCACUCAGACUCUUCCUCCAGGCUUCCCCGCUCCCUUCCUGUUUGCAGAUGGCCUCUCUUCCGUGGAGACAUUGCUCACUAACAUCCAGUAUCUUUAA